AUGAAACGUCUACAACAUUAUUCGAAUGAUGAUGAUCCAAUAUCAAUUUUUCCUAGUGAAAUACGUAAAGUACCAAAAAGUUUAGAAGAUGUUGUACGAACAACAAAAUUCAACAAAUCAGAAAUACGAUUGCUCUACAAAGGUUUCAAACAAGAAUGUCCAAGUGGUGCAGUGACUGAACGUGAAUUUCAAUCAAUUUAUUCACAUUUUUUUCCACAUGGUGAUUGUCAACAUUAUACGCGUUUUCUGUUUCGUCUUUUGGAUCGCCGAAAACGAACGUAUUUCACCUUUGAAGAUUAUGUUCAAACAUUAUCAGUACUGAUUCGUGGCACUAUCAAAGAAAAACUGCAAUGGAUCUUUCGCUUCUAUGAUAUAUCAGAUGAUGGAAAGUUAACGAAACAAACAUUUGAAACAAUCCUUCGUUCAUUGUAUAAUCUUCUUGGACCUAAUAGUUAUAUUCACCAACCGGUUACUGAAGACACCCUUGCAAAACAUUCAGCUAUGCUAUUCGAAAAACUUGAUUUUCAACAUGCUGGCACUAUCAAUUUUGAAGAUUUUGAGAAAUAUUGUCUAUGUAACGAACAAUUGAUGCAUUCAAUCAACAUACUUUCAUCGACUGCGAUUUGA